GUAUCGUAUGUAAUUACGCAACAAAUCGGAUCACCAGCAGACAUAUAUUAUAUAUUAUAUAUAUGUAUAUAUAUGUGCAUCAGGCCAUCAGAGGACACGAGCAGAAUAAACAUAUUUCUGGCCAAAUCUUGGAUGCUUCCACAGCGUCCACCUACUCCAUUGUCCAUGGCGGUGUCCUGCAUGCGGAGCACUUGAGUUUCGCUCGCACCGGCUCCAUUUGCGAACCUACAAACCCCGAACAACUCCCAGAUUAGCCAUACCAGGCCUUCCUUCCUUCUAUAACCAGAUCCAUCCGACCAACAACAGAGGUGGAGAGAGAGCGCUGCGUGCGAGAUGGAUGGUGGCUACAGCAACCUCGCGUUCUCCCCUCCGACGGCGACGGCGAGCGGCGGUUCCGCCAGGGCGGCGAGGCCGUCGAUGGAGCUGACCAACACGAAGGAGACCAAGGCGUGGGAGGGCCUGGCCAUCGGCGCGGUCACGCUGGCCCGGACCUUCUCCACGGGCUCACACAGGUUCUGCAGGUCCGGCAGCGAGAGGACGAGCAGCAUGAGGAGGAGCCGGAGCCGGAGCGGGAGCCGGAGCGGCCUGCCGGGCGCGCUGAGGCGGGCCUUCUCCAUGCGGCGCCACGCCGCGGGCCGCCUCGGCGGCGCCGGGGACGGGUACUGGAGGAUCCACGACAUGGAUGGGGACAGCGACGACCGCGGCGAUGAUGGCACGGUCGAGGAGCGCGGCGAGGAGGAGGAAGCCGCAGCUGCCGCCGAGGAGGCGGUGGAGAACAAGAAGACGACGGAGCAGCGAGACGAAGAUGCCGCUGCUGGAAACGCUGCGGCGGCAGGGAAGGAGAAGGAGGGAGCCGCCGAGUGCAGGAACAAGCAGAAGAAGCAGCGGGGUGGCAUCUUGAAGGCGUGCAAGAAGCUUUUCCGGUUGUAAAAUAGUGUAAUAAUAAUGGCAUCACGCAUCAGCUGCUGCUGUAACGAAAUGUCGGGGUGUUACUGCUACGGAUCCUUAUUUUUCUUCUUUGAUUAAUUAUGUAUUGGAAAGAUGAAAACGAACGAGAUGAUCAUAUACAUA